CGUUCCUCUCUUCUCUACCACGACACACCAUUUCUUUCCCUGUCCGAGUCCUAGCAAAGAUGUCCUCCGCUGUUCUCGGCUACCCUCGCAUUGGCCCCAAGCGUGAGGUCAAGAAGGCCCUCGAGGCUUACUGGGCCGGCAAGAGCUCCGUCGAAGAGCUCCUCAAGGUCGCCAAGGAGCAGAGGCUCCUGACCUACGAGAACAUCAAGUCGCAGGGCGUUGAUGUCGUUCCUACCGGCACCUUUACCCUCUACGACCAUGUUCUUGAUGCGUCCAACACCUUCGGCAUCAUCCCCGACAAGUACGCCAAGUCGGGCUUGAACCCGCUCGACACCUACUUUGCCAUGGCCCGCGGCCACCAGAAGGGCGAGGUCGACCUGCCGGCGACGGAGAUGCAGAAGUGGUUCGACUCCAACUACCACUUCCUCGUCCCCGAGGUUUCCGAGAAGACCAACUUCCGUCUCAACGACACCAAGCCCGUCGACGACUUUGUCGAGGCCAAGCAGGCUGGCUACAAUGGCCGCCCCGUCCUCGUGGGCCCCAUCACUCUCCUGGCGCUCUCCAAGGCCGACGCCGACGCGCAGCAGAAGGAGUUUGACCCCGUCUCGCUCGUCUCGAAGCUGACGCCCGUCUACGCCGAGCUGCUCGAGAAGCUCGCCCAGGCCGGUGCCGAGUGGGUCCAGAUUGACGAGCCGAUCCUCUGCAUGGACAGGGCUGCCCAGUACGCCGAGCAGUUCAAGUCGACCUACGCCGCCCUUUCCAAGGCUGCGCCCAGUGUCAAGCUGCUCCUGGCCACCUACUUUGGCCGCCUCGAGAGCAACCUCGACUUUGUCAAGGACCUCCCCGUCGCUGGUCUCCACAUCGACCUUGACCGAGCACCCGAGCAGAUCGACACUGUCGUCCCCCACUUUGCCAACAAGACGACCGUCCUCUCCCUUGGCCUCGUCUCGGGCAGGAACGUCUGGAAGACGGACCUGAACGCUGCGCUCAAGACGGCCCAGAAGGCCGUCGAGCUCCUCGGCGGCGACAAGAACCGCGUCAUCAUCGCCUCGAGCUCCUCGCUCCUCCACACCCCCAUCACGGUCAAGAACGAGAACAAGCUCUCGGCCGAGGUCAUUGACUGGUUCUCGUUCGCCACGGAAAAGUGCGGUGAGGUUGCCACGCUUACGGCCGCCCUCAAGGACCCCAGCAGCGCCAGCAGCAUCCUGUCGGCCAACGAGAAGAGCAUCAAGGCUCGUCGCGACUUUGAGCAGAACUCGGACCCCGCUGUUCGCCAGCGUCUGGCCAACGUCAAGCCCGAAGACCUCAAGCGCCAGUCUGCCUUCAAGCAGCGCCGCGAGGUCCAGAACAAGCACCUCAACCUGCCCCUCUUCCCCACCACGACCAUUGGCUCGUUCCCCCAGACCAAGGAGAUCCGAUCGUACCGCGCUCGCUUCAACAAGGGCGAGAUCACCCAGGAGGAGUACGAGAAAUUCCUCGAGGACGAGAUCAAGUUUGUCGUCGAGAAGCAGGAGGCCCUCGACCUCGACGUCCUCGUCCACGGAGAGCCAGAGCGAAACGACAUGGUGCAGUACUUUGGUGAGCUCCUCGACGGCUUUGCCUUCACCCAAAACGCCUGGGUUCAGUCCUUCGGCUCGCGUUACGUUCGUCCCCCGAUUGUCGUCUCCGACGUCUCGAGGCCCAAGGCCAUGACGGUGCGAUGGUCGUCGUACGCCCAGAGCCUGACCAAGAAGACGAUGAAGGGUAUGCUUACGGGCCCCGUCACGAUUCUCAACUGGUCGUUCCCCCGUGCCGACAUCUCCAAGGAGAUUCAGGCCAAGCAGAUUGCCCUCGCCCUCCGCGACGAGGUCAACGACCUCGAGAAGGCUGGUAUCCGCUCGAUUCAGGAGGACGAGCCGGCGCUCCGAGAAGGUCUCCCGCUCCGCGAGGCCGAGCACAAGGCUUACCUCGACUGGGCCGUCGCUGCUUUCCGCCUGUCGACGUCGGGCGUCCGUGACGAGACGCAGAUCGUGUCGCACUUCUGCUACUCGGACUUUGCCAACCGCCAGAUCAUGCAGUCGAUCCUCGACCUCGACGCCGACAUGAUCUCGAUUGAGAACUCCAAGUCGGACGCCAAGAUCCUCAAGGUCUUCCAGAACUUUGAGUACGCCAACGACAUUGGACCUGGUGUCUUUGACAUCCACUCGCCCCGUGUUCCCACAUCGGAGGAGAUGUUCAACCGGCUCAAGGCUUUCUCGGCCUACCUGCCCGUCGAGCGCCUCUGGUGCAACCCCGACUGCGGCCUCAAGACGAGGUCGUGGGACGAGGCGGCCGCCCAGUGCAAGAACAUGGUCGAGGCAGCCAAGCGCGCUCGCUCGGAGCUGGCCAAGUAGAGGGCUCGUCUUCCUCUUCUUCUCCCUCCCUUCUGCGCUGGUUUGUCCCUCUGUGAGGCCUGAAAGGAAGCAUCAACUGCUCCUAGGGUCCUCGGCUUCUUCCUUCUUCUUCUUUCCUCUGUGUUUCUCCUUUCUUUUUUUUCUCUUUUUUUCUCUUUUGUCUUUGUGGCUCAUGACGUGGACGGUGACCAUGUUUUUUUCUCUCCAAAAAGGGUCUCCAACCAGACCCUUCGAUCUAUCCUUCAACGAUGGGUACCUCUCUCUUUUUCCAACACAUCUCCAUCUGUAAACGACAAGCAUUCCAAUUACAUCGCAUUCAACAUGGCAAACAAGAUUGGGAUGGAAGGUGUGAGAAUCAUUGUGUGUGUUUGUGUAUGUGCUCGGAUCUGCUCCUCUUGCGCAACGGAAGCCCC